UAUAUAUAUUGUAGUAGUAGUAGUAUAAUAUAUCAUUGAAUUGGGUACAUAACGGAACACAAGUAAAGUUUCGUACGAGCCGCGGCGUGCUCUGCUGCCGCUAUUUCUUUAGUUCGUCUGUCACGACGAGGUUCAGCCCGGUUCCAGACGUUCCAGUCAGCCAGAGCAAUGGGUGAUUCGGGCCCGACAUACCUGGGCUUAGACCUCAGCACUCAGCAGCUGAAGGCUGUCGUGGUUGAUGAUCAGCUGCAGGUACUUGAUGAGGCCUAUGUCCAGUUUGACAACGACCUGCCGGAGUUUAGGACAUACGGCGGGGUAAUAAAUAAAAAAGAAUCACCAAGUAUAGCCGUAGCGCCAUGUCUCAUGUGGGUAAAAGCAUUAGAUAUGCUCCUGGACAAGCUCCGUGUUUGCGGUGUCGAUUUCGCCAGGGUCCAAGGCAUUUCCGGUUGUGCCCAGCAACACGGGACGGUAUACUGGAGCAAAGGGAGCCGCGAGUUGCUGAGGAAUUUGAGCCCGGAUAAAUUUUUACAUCAACAACUUUGUAAUGCCUUUGCUACCAACUAUUCUCCAAUUUGGAUGGACUCGAGUACCUCUGCCGAGUGUGAAAUCCUUGAGCAAACUGUCGGUGGUCCGCAAAAUUUAGCACAAAUAACAGGAUCCAAAGCUUACGAGAGAUUCUCAGGCCCCCAAAUAGCAAAAAUUUGGCGAACUCGUCCAGAUGUUUAUGCUAAUACGGAGAGAAUAUCAUUAGUAAGUAGUUUUGUGGCGAGUCUACUCGUCGGCGACUACGCACCAAUUGAUUAUUCCGAUGGCUCCGGCAUGAAUCUUCUUGACAUACGCACAAAAGAUUGGAAUGAUCAGCUCUUAGAGGCCAGUGGACCAGAUUUACGAGUUAAACUUGGCGAGACUGUACCAUCGCACACAAAUCUUGCUCCGAUCUCAAAUUACUACGUCGAGAGAUUUGGUUUUACUGAUCAGUGCCGAGUAAUUGCUUUCACUGGAGACAAUCCCGCCUCGUUGAUUGGCAUGAGACUGAGCAAAGAUGAUCUAGCUUGCAGUCUAGGCACAAGUGAUACCUUAUUUUUGUGGCUUGAUGAUCCUAAGACACUUCCUGAAGGACAUGUUCUGUGUAAUCCUAUUGAUAAGGAUGCGUACAUGACCAUGCUGUGCUUUAAAAAUGGAUCCUUUACUCGCGAAAGAAUCCGAGACAGUGCAGCGGGUGGUUCGUGGCAAAUAUUUAACGAGUUACUCGACAGCACACCGCGAGGUAAUUUUGGAAACAUCGCUCUGUAUUACGACGUUCCGGAAAUAAUUCCAGCGCUCGUUGGUGAUCACAGAUUCAACAAAGCCGAUGACAAGAUCUCGAGAUACAGCUCCAAAGAAGUGGAAGUCCGGGCUCUUGUUGAAGGUCAAUUUAUUGCUAAGAGAGCGUACGCGGAAAAUUUUGGAUUCGCCGUUGCUUCCAACAGUCGUAUUAUUGCUACGGGUGGUGCGUCAGCAAACAAAGCGAUGCUACAAGUUCUUUCUGAUGUUUUCAACGCUCCCGUUUACACAGCCGAAAUUGCUAAUUCUGCUGUACUGGGGGCUGCUUAUCUAGCAAAAUAUGCUCUGCACAGAGAUAAAAAUAAUUUUAAAGAAAUUACCAAGUACAUUCCUGAGCCAAAACUUGUAUGCUCGCCUUACAGUGAUGCCGAAAGUAUAUAUAAGCCAAUGGUGGCGCGUUAUCGGAGAAUUGUUGCACAACUAUUGGAGCAAAAUGACAGUAGCUGAAUUUUUUUCAAUACUAGAUAGAGAUAAUUUUUUUUUUUUAUUAACGUGUUUUUAAGCACGUGGUGAUAAAA